UAAAGUGGGGCCCACGUGCUGGGUGGGGCCCCUCCUUCCCGACGUGGCUUUGACCGUGUCCCCUCACCGUCUGAUCAAGCUCAAGGCGCGCUCUCCUCCUCCUCUCUCUCUCGACCAUCCCCCCCCCCCUCCUCUCUCUCUCUCUCUCGCUUUCUCGCUUUCUCUCUCAUUUUGUAAAACAACGAACCCAAACCCUAAGGAUCGACAACUCGAAGCUUCUGGAUAAUGUCGUCCCGCAUUGAGCGAAACCGUCGAGAUAGACGCAGGGAUCACAUGCUUUCCACUCGUCGCGAGCAUGAGGACGAUUAGAUAGGGGAACUGGGAUCGUUGCUGAAUUCCGUCGAUUCGAUACGACGUUAUUCGUUCUUCCUUAGUUCGUUCGAUCCUUAGCAUGUGCGAUUUGGUGGCGCGGACGGGUCGGCAUCAACAACGGUACGAGGCCGGUUGUCGCCUUGUCGCCGGAGGUCCAAUGAAACAUAUGUUUCCCAAUAUCAUACCUUCUUCGGUAUCAGUGUGUAAAAGUCCACCACCAUGGGUUGAUCCAGUUGAGGUCGACACUCUUAGGUGUAUUCCUUAUAGGUAUAGACAAUCUAUAGAAUGUACCAGUGACUCCGAUGAAAAGAUUGUUGAGGUGCUCAUGAUCAAUUCAACUAGUGGACCAGGUCUUUUGUUUCCAAAGGGAGGCUGGGAGAACGAUGAAACUGUUGAAGCAGCUGCUGUGAGGGAAGCAAUUGAAGAAGCUGGUGUGAAAGGAGAGUUGAAGGAUCUUUUAGGGCAUUAUGACUUCAAGAGUAAAACUCACCAAGAUGAGUUUUGUCCUGAAGGUUUAUGCAAGGCAGCAAUGUUUGCAUUGUUUGUGAGGGAGGAGCUUGAAUCAUGGCCAGAGCAGAGUAUCCGGCAGAGGAGCUGGCUGACUAUUCCUGAAGCUGUCGAGAGUUGCCGGCAUCCGUGGAUGAGAGAUGCACUUGUGCAUGGCUUCCUGAACUGGCAUGCUGAGAAAAGCGAGGAAGCUUUUGAUUGAAUCUUUGAUUUCAUAAUUUACAAAAGUAGAGGCGCAUAAAAGUCAGCUUCUAAUCCGGUGAAUCUGUUUGAAUUCCUUGGGCAAAUCUUUUGUUGUUGCCUGCGGCUGCUGCUUUAGAAGGUCUCUUUGUUAGGUCUAAUCCAUCUCAUAGGUCUCUUCAUGCUGAUCUCUGAUAUCAUAUUGAUCAGCUUGCCCAAUCCAUUUAGAUGUUCAUUGCAGCAGUUUACCGUUUGGCCACCCAA